CUGGCCCAGCCCACACAGCCCACCUAUUGAAUUUUUCCACGCACAGAGGAGGAGAGAGAAGAGGCCUUAAAGGCAAGAGACUGAGCUCCCCCAUCAAACCACAAGUAUUUGUGGAGCCCUUUCAAAUUUUCCUAUUCCCUCUUUGAUUUGUGGCUUUUGGUGGUGGAGUUUGAUCUGCACCAUUGAUACCCAAGAGCCUGAAUCCUGAUCUAAGGACAAGAUGGUAGAUUCACCAACAUUUUCCUCCUUUACUGAUUUUGGGCUGCUAUUGUAUUUGGAGGAGCUAAAUAAUGAGGAAUUAAAUAAAUUCAAGUUACUUCUAAAGGAGACCAUAGAACCUGAGCACUGCCUAAUGCCCUGGACUGCAGUGAAGAUGGCUGAUCGACAGCAACUUGCUAACUUGAUAAACAAAUACUACCCAGAAGAACAGGCCCAGAAAAUGACACUCGAACUUUUUGCUAAGUUGAACCUGAGGGAAAUGUGCGAGAGAGCAAGAGCAAAGAUCAACUGGACACCAGAGACCAUGGAACAAGAGAUGGCUGAGGAGGCAGAGCUGAGUGCUGGAACAAAAUACAAAAUUCAAAUAAAGGAAAAAUUUCAUAUUUUGGAAAAGAAUUCUUUGCUCAGAGAAGCUUCAGAUUUCCACCAUGGACUUUCUGAAGAACACCAAAAACUGUUGGUACAUUUGUUUGAUGUGGAAAUCACAACUGGUCAGCAGAUACGGACAGUGGUGCUUCAGGGAGCUGCUGGAGUUGGGAAAACGGCAUUGAUGAGAAAGGCAAUGUUAGCCUGGGCUGAAGGAAAUCUCUAUCGGCACAAAUUUACCUACGUUUUUUAUCUCAAUGGGAAAGAAAUUAGCCAGGUGAAGGAGAAAAGCUUUGCUCAGUUGAUAUCAAAGGACUGGCCUAGCACUGAGAUCCCCAUUGAAAAGAUCCUCUCCCAGCCAAGUAAUCUCCUUUUCAUUAUUGAUAGUUUUGAUGAACUAAACUUUGCCUUUGAGGAACCUGAAUUUGCACUGUGUGGUGACUGGACCCAAGUACACCCCGUGUCCUUCCUCAUAAGUAGUUUGCUGAGGAAAGUGAUGCUCCCUGAAUCAUCCUUACUGGUCACCGUAAGACGCACAGCUUCCAACAGACUAAAGCGUUUGUUGACUCAGCGUUUGUUGAGGAGUCGGCUUUAUGUAGACCUACAAGGAAUGUCCACGGAUGCAAGAAAGGAGUAUAUUUAUCAGUUUUUUGAAGAUAGGACCUGGGCCAUGAACGCAUUCAAUUCAAUAAGAAGCAAUGAGAUGCUUUUUAAUAUGUGCCGUGUCCCCCUGGUGUGCCGCUUCAUCUGUGCUUGUCUGAAGCAGCAAAUGGAGAAGAAUGACGAUGUCACGAAGACGUGCCAAACAGCCACGGCCGUGUUCACAUGCUAUAUCUCCAGCUUAUUCGCACCAGUAGGUGAACACUUUCCUAAUCUACCCAAUGAAGCCCAACUGAGAAACCUAUGCUACUUAGCUGCCAAAGGAGUGUGGACUAUGACACAUGUGCUUUACAGGAAUGAUCUCAGAAAGCAUGGGUUCACCACUUGUGAUACCUCAACUUUUCUAGAUAUUAAUAUUCUUCAAAAGGACACAGAGUAUGAAAACUGUUAUGUAUUCACCCAUCUCCAUAUUCAGGAGUUUCUGGGAGCUAUGUUCUAUCUGCUGAAAAGAGAUUUGAAACACAAAGAACAUUCCUCCCAGUCUUUGGAAGAUUUGAAACUGUUACUUGAAAGCAGAAGUGAUCAAGACCCCCAUUUGACACAGCUAAAAUACUUUUUGUUUGGCCUUUUAAAUGCGGAUAUAGUAAAACAACUGGAGGAAACUUUCAAAUGUAGACUGUCCCUGAAGAUAAAAUGGGAAGUACUUCAGUGGGUGAAAGUACUAGGAAACCGUGACACUUUUCCACCAUGGCUAGUAUUUAUGGACUUGUUUCACUAUCUGUAUGAGACUCAAGAUGAAGCAUUUGUAGCCCAGGCAAUGGGAAAGUUCUCAAAGGUUGUCAUUAAUAUGUCGAAGGAAAUUGAUUUGCCUGUAUCUUCAUUCUGCCUUAAGCACUGCCGAUGUUUGCAGACCCUUAAGCUGGCUAUAAAUAUGGUAAACUCGAGCGCUGCAGCUGAAAAUGGGCAAAUAGAUGGUAAUCAUAUCACUCAAUGCUGGCAAAAUCUCUUUUCUGUGCUUCAUACAAAUGAACACUUGACGCAACUUGACUUGAGCCAUAGCAACCUUGAUGAGUUAAUAAUGAAGAUUUUUUGUCAAGAACUAAGACAUCCAAACUGUAAACUACAAAAAUUCCUGUUGAGGUGUGUUUCUUUCCCUCAUGGCUAUCAAGAUAUCUUUAGUUUCUUGACUUGCCAGCAGAAUCUGAUGUAUCUUGACCUGAAAGGGAAUAAGAUAGAGGAUAAUGGAAUAAAAUCAUUAUGUGAAGCCUUGCAAUACCCAGAAUGUAAACUGCAAAAUCUGAGGUUGGAGUCUUGCAACCUAACUCCAAUUUGUUGUGCUGACAUAUCUAAGGCUCUCAUCAAAAGCCAGAACCUGGUAUUUUUGAGCUUAUCGACCAAUAAUCUACUGGAUGAAGGAGUGAAGUUGUUGUGUGAGGCAUUAGGACACCCAGAGUGUUACCUAGAGAGACUGUCAUUAGAAAGCUGUGGCCUCACAGAAGCUAGUUGUGAGGCUCUUUCUUUGGCUCUUAUUAGCAAUAAGAGACUGACUCAUUUAUGCUUGUCAAACAACAAAGUGGGAGAUCAUGGAAUAAAGCUUUUAAGUGCUGCCUUGAAACAUCCAGAAUGUACUCUACAGAGCCUUGUGCUGAGGUGUUGCCAUUUCACUCCAAUUAGCAGUGAAUACCUCUCAACUUCUCUUCUACACAACAAGAGUCUGAUACAUCUGGAUCUUGGAUCAAACUGUCUUCAAGAUGAUGGAGCAAAUCUUCUGUGUAAUGUCUUUCGGAAGCCGAGCUGUAAUCUUCAGGACUUGGAGUUGAUAGGCUCUGUUCUCACUACUGCAUGUUGUCCGGAUCUGGCUUCUGCUAUUUUGAACAGCCCAAACCUGUUAAGCCUAGACCUUGGGUACAAUGACUUGCGGGAUGAAGGAGUGAAAAUUCUGUGUGAAGCUUUGAGAAAUCCAAAGUGUAACAUUCAGAGGCUUGGGCUGGAACACUGUGGUUUGACUUCUCUAUGUUGUCAAGAUCUCUCCUCUGCUCUUCUCAGCAACAAAAGGCUGGUAAAAAUGAACCUAACACAGAAUACCUUGGGCCGUGAAGGAAUUAGGACUUUAUGUGAAGUCUUGAGGUGUACGGAAUGUAAGCUACAAGUUCUAGGGUUGUGGAAAGAUACAUUUGAUAAGGAAGCCCAGAGGCUGCUGGAAGCUGUGAGAGUUAGCAAUCCGAACUUGGCCAUUGAUGAUUCUUAUAAUAAUAAAGAAUGGUGGUCCUGGUGGUGGUAUUUAUGAUUUGAAAAACCUAUAUCCCUUUAAUAAAAAUUUAGAGUUGCAAGGA